AGCAAAAAUUGAAAGUCACCUCGUCUCGCAGCAGACCAUUCAUGUCACUAUGUCAAUACCAAGUAAUCGUCAGCAUGCACCAGCAGUUUCUUCACCACUAGCUGGAAGCUCUAAUCAAAGUGACUCAGCACAGAAUGCUUCCAAUUCCAGCAAGAGUUCAACCGUAGGGUCGAAAAAAUCACCCACGAAGCGUAAGAAUGGCAAAGCUGUCGCUCAAAGCGCUGGUAAAUCACCAGGAAAGCAAGCUACCCCGCCCACCGCUAAACAGAAGCUAGUCAGGGAAAGCGCAGAAAAGAGACUCCAGGCUCAGAAUACGUCAUUCAAAUGGCAAGAGGCUUUAUUCUCGAGAAAGACAGUUGACAAAGCGACCAUGAUAGAAGCAGCAAGGUAUAUACAGCCAGCCGGCUAUGAAGACGUAAUUGAAGAAAGGAACAUAGAGGAUUGGUGUGGGUAUCCAAUGUGCUCAAACAAUCGACAAAUUAUGAACAUAUUGACUGUCUACAAAGAAGCAAAUUUUAUGCUGCUCAGCUAUCCGACAUACCUAUUUGGUCAAGAGAUAUAGGAUGGGCUGAUGUUGAAGUUAUUGAGAUGCAUGAAAACGUCAGUGAAGUAAUAGCGAAAAGUAAGAAAUCCCUCGAUACCGAAUACAAUUCAAAGGCAAGAAGGCUGCGUCUAUU